AUGGCGUCUCUCAGAACACAGUCGGCUGCUCGCCUGGUGCGCAACGCCAUGCGCCCACGCAUCGCGCUGGCGUCUAUCCCCCGCCGCUUCGAAAGCUCUGCGGCAAAGCCCGCCGACGUCGUCCCUGCGAUGCCAAGUGCUAACCAGCCCGAUUACGACGUUCCCCUCGACAAAGCCACUUCCACAUAUACUCCGGUCCCCAAGCGCGUGCAGGACGGCACUGAGGACGUUCUUCCUGCCGCUACCGUUUCUGGUGCCCCUAUGGAGCUCCAAGGAAGGACAGUUCGAAUCUACCAGGAGGCCAAACCAGCCACACAAUCUGGAGAUCACAGGGGUGAUCGCUGGCGAAUGGAUUGGGAUAUUUUGCCCAAGGGACAUCGUUGGGAAAACCCGUUGAUGGGCUGGCAAUCUUCGGGAGAUUUCAUGCAGGGAACCAACAUCAACUUCAAAUCCAAGGAGGACGCCAUUCAUUUUGCUGAGAAGCAGGGCUACGAAUACUUUGUCCAAGAGCCAAACUCUCGGAAGAUCACACCCAAAGCCUACGCAAACAACUUCCUAUACUCACCAAAGAAGUUGAAGCACAUUCGAACAAAAUAG